GCCGUUGGUUGGUCCGCUGAUUAGCUCCACCGAGUCCCCGGCUGUCAGUAGCUGAGAGCGGUGACAGCUGAGCACGUUUUCUCCCCUAACGUUGAGCCAAAAACAGUCGCCACGAUGUUCGAGGAGGCGAGUGAAGUGUUCGACAACAUGUUUAAGUCCUCGUUCCCCCUGACCUUCAUCGUCUUCAUCCCCGCGGUGCUCAUCCUGGUGUCGCCGCUCCCGGCCGAGGCGGCUCAUGAGUUCACGGUGUACCGCAUGCAGCAGUACGACCUGCAGGGACAGCCUUACGGUACCAGGAACGCCAUCUUGAACACGGAGGCUCGUACUGUAGAGGCAGAGGUGCUAAGUCGUCGCUGUGUUAUCAUGCGACUGGCGGACUUCUCCUAUGACAAGUACCAGAAAGCUCUGCGUCAGUCAGCCGGUGCCGUGGUCAUCAUCCUGCCCAAGAACAUGUCUGCUGUACCGCAAGACAUAGUUCAGCAGUUCAUGGAGCUGGAACCGGAGAUGUUGGCUACCGAGACCAUCGUCCCCGUCUACUUCGCCAUGGAGGACGACGAGCUCAUGUCCAUCUACACUCAGACGCUGACGUCCUCCUCCUCGCAGGGCUCCUUAUCGGCAGCUGAAGUCCUGCUACAUACAGCCACAGCCAACGGUUUCCAGAUGGUGACCAGUGGAGCUCAGAGUAAAGCCAUCAAUGACUGGGCCAUCACCAGUUUAGAGGGCCGCCUGGCCGGAGUCGGAGGAGAAGACCUGCCUACUAUCGUCGUCGUGGCUCAUUAUGACUCCUUUGGUGUCGCUCCAUGGUUGUCGUACGGAGCCGACUCCAACGGCAGCGGAGUGUCGAUGUUGUUGGAACUGGCUCGACUCUUCUCCAAACUCUACACCUACAAGAGGACACACGCUGCGUAUAAUCUGCUGUUCUUUGUGUCCGGAGGAGGAAAGUUUAACUACCAGGGAACCAAACGUUGGCUGGAGGAUAAUCUGGACCACACAGACUCCAGUCUGCUGCAGGACAACGUAGCCUUUGUUUUGUGUCUCGACACUUUGGGAAACGGAGACUCUCUUCACCUCCACGUGUCCAAACCUCCUAAAGAAGGAACUCCUCAGUAUGCUCUGCUCAAAGAACUGGAGAUGGUGGUUAUGAGUCAGUACCCGGAGGUGAAGUUCUCGAUGGUCCACAAGAAGAUCAACCUGGCCGACGACAUGCUGGCGUGGGAACACGAGCGCUUCGGGAUCCGCCGCCUGCCGGCCUUCACUCUGUCCCACCUGCCAUCGCACCGCCUGGCUCAGCGCUCCAGCAUCAUGGACGUGCGGUCAGUGUCCCCCUCCUCUCGCCACGGAGCGGGAGAGCCCCCUGCUGGGCCUCAUGUGGAUGUGAAGAAGCUCGGCAGGAACACCAAAGUGGUGGCAGAAGCUCUGGCGAGGGUCAUUUACAACCUCACCGAAAAGGGAGCCCCUGGAGACCUGCAGAUCUUCACAGAACAGAUGCAGGUGCAGGAAGAGCAUCUGUCGGCGGUGGUGGAUUGGCUCACAGCACAGCCUCGAGCUGCUCAGCUGGUGGACAAAGACAGCAGCGUGGUGUCCACUCUGGAGUAUCACCUCGGACGCUACCUCAAGGACGUCAAGAGACACUACGUCAAAGCUGACAAAAGGGAUCCAGAGUUUGUUUUCUACGACCAGCUGAAGCAGACGAUGAACGCUUACAGAGUGAAACCAGCUAUUUUUGACCUGCUGCUGGCUGUCUGCAUUGCAGCCUACUUAGGGAUGAUGUAUCUGGCCAUCCAGAACUUCGGGGUCCUGUACGGCGUCGUCCGUAGGAUCACUCAGCCCAAAGCCAAGAGCCACUGAGGCGACCCGACCCGCCUCCACCUCCUCCAAUCAGUGAACUCUAGCCAGUCAGAAAGCAGAAGCUGGACCGAGCUGCUGUUCCUCGUUUCCAAACCAGCAGAAUCACUUCCAUUUCUCUCCACAAACUAUGAUGUCAGAUCCUGUGUUGCUGCCAACUCGAUCCGUUUGGUCUCGGCGACCAGAAUAAUCAGGAAUCAUGUGUUUCCCUCCCGUUCUUUGCGUUCAUUUCAGGAUGUGUUUCGUUGUUCCGGCUUCUCGAGGGAUGUUUGUCGUCAGAUUUCUGUGUCUUCUCUCCCUCUCUCUCAGUGAACUUUUUACGAGCCAAACUGACGUCAUGUGUUUUCUCAGGCAGCUAGAGGGAGAAACCGACCGCACACAGUUCAGCCCACGGUUUUCUUUUUGUCCAGAGACGCUGUUCACCGACCUUUCAGUUCCAGGACGGCUUCGUGUUUUCAGGUCCGCUCCUCAAACGCCCCUUUGUGCUUUGAAAGAGUUAUUGAUCUCUGCACCACUCUUCUGAGCUUUUUAGUGCUUUUUUUUGUUUGUUUGUUUGUUUUUUUACAGGCUUUUCAGUUCCUUUCCUUCCCUGAAACGGUAAAUAAUGUCCAAGAAACAAUAAAAACACUAACUUUACAAGAUCAGUUUUGCUAAUUGGUUACUACUGGAGCCUCAUGUUGUAUUCAGAUUAAUUUAAGAAGGCUUUUUAUGCACAGACACGACUCUGGCUGAUGUUUUCUUUAAUUCUUAACCCUCCUGUUGUCUUCAUUUAUGGACACUAAAAAAUAUUGUUUCCUUGUCUUAAAAAAAAAAAAAAAAAAAUUCAGCAAAAAAAUUUCCCAAAUUUCAGGAUAUUUGCAAAACCUUCAGGAAAAAAAUUCCAAUAAUUCCCGAAAAGUUUCCCUUAAAAAUUUUAUUAAAAAAAAAAAAAAAAAAAAAAUCCCCCAAAUUUGGCAAGAAAAUUCUAGUAAAUAUUUUCAAAAAAUGAGUAAAAAUCUUCCCAAAUAAAUCCUAAAAAUAUUUCAAGUGAUUACAUAAAUAUCAGUAAAACUUCUAAUAUUUUCUUUAAGAACAUUCACAUAAAAAUCAACCAAAAUCCAGUCAAAUUCGCUGGAUUUUUUUGUAAAUAUUCUUAAGAAACAUUUUUAACAUUUCUUUUUUCCCACCAAAAAAGUUCAAAGAUUUCCCAAAAAUGUUGAAAAUGUGGACAUCAAAAGUUUCACUGUGAAAAUAUUUUUUUCCACAUUUUCAAACUUUAAAAUGGUCAGUUUUGACCUGCAGGACGACAUGAGGGUUAAAAGACUCAAAAAUUCCUCAAAGCUGGACAAACUUAAAUGAUGACAAUUCACAAGAAAUAUAAUACGUGUCUUUUUUAAAAAAAUCUUCCAAACAUGGAGAUUAAAAAGUGAUAUGUACGAUUGGUGUACAUUUGCAGUAAAAAUUUAAAUCUUGGUGUCAAAAUUUUAAAAAUUAAAACAUAAAACCGCAUUUAAAAUGAAGAGAACUUUUCAAAUUUUGUCCUCAUGUGCUGAUAGGCUUCUACUGGUGAUGUUUAGCCCAUCAGAGCGAGCCAUGGGCGGGACAUUGAUUGAGUUACUAAAAAUAGAGAUUUAUGUGCUUAAAAGCCAAGAAAAGCACGUUUUUGAAUAAUUUUAUUGGGAAUCAGUUAAAUAAAUAUGAUCCCUAAAAAUGGAAAAAGACUGAAUCUUGAAUCCGAUAAUCAGACACUAAUAUCAAACAUACAAAAGAAAACACAUACAACAUUAAAGUGAUUUAAAAGUAAAAUUUCUUGAUAAUUUUGUAGUUUUUGCUAGAAUUAAAGUUAAAUCAGCGUCCAGUAACUCUUUCAGAUUACAUUUAUGGGAGUUUUGUGUUGAGACAGACUUAAAAACACAGAAUAAUCCUGAAUUCCUUAAACAGUUUAUGGAAAAAGACGAACUGGCCGAUGGAAAUGUGAAGUAGUGUUUAGAUGUUCCAGAUUCCACUGCAGAUGUCGUAAAUUUAUUCAAACUAAUAUUAAACAAUGAUAGAUUUUUUUUUAUUUGCCAAAAUCACAAAUUCUGUACAAAUCUCCCCGUUUUAAUACGUAGUCAUAGAAAUGUUUGCCUUCUUUAUUUUAGUUUUCUCUCCACUUGUUGCUGUGUGUCUUAUUUUUACGAGUCUUUUUAUUAAAAUCUAGAAUUGAUUAAGAAUAAAUAAAACCAGGAACCCGAGGGCUCGAGGCAAAAGGUCAGGAGGUGUUUUCUUGUGAUACGAUGUGCCAACGUGGAGAUAAAGCUCGUCUUAACUCAACUUUAUCAGCGCAAACACGUCGUUAUGUGACGGACCUUUUUUGCUGACGAGCGACGGUGAGAUUCCAUCAGACGUUUGUUCAGAUUUCGCUGCAGGAUUCAAACACUGGACGUCUUAAAAGUGACAAAUUUAAUCAGAAAUUAUUAAUCCUGCAGCGUCGCCUUCAGUUCUUCCUGUUGUCGUUGAAUUGUCUUUUUUUUUUUUAACUACAUUUUCAUUGUGUUACCGCAUGACCUGUGACCUCCCCAUACACCCAACCUACCAGUCGCCAUGGUAACAGGACUUUUUAUCCACCGUCGGGAGGGAGAUGAUCAUGUGGCACAUCUUUAAUUUAUUGUUUUUAUCUCUGUGCACUGAAAUGAACUGAACUCUCCCGUGAUUUGAAACAAAAUAAAUGAGAAAAAAAAGAAGACGA